CACAUAUCGUAUUAUAGUCUUGUAUGAUGAAGAAAUAAAAUUAUUAAAUAUAUAUUAUAUUGAAAAUAAAACGGAAUUUUUAAAUAAGCUACAAAUUUUAAUUUUGAAGAAUUUAUAAAAAAAAAACAUAUUUUCCAACAAAAAUGGAUUUUCGAAAUUUUACGAUUGACAAUAAUAUAAUAAAGGGAAGUGAACGUGUGUUUGAGACGGAAAAUGCUAAUUUGGGAAAAUUAUUUUUAAAUACAUUAAAAAGCAAACCGGAUUUUAUCGGACAGAUUGAUGGAAUAACGGGUAAAAAAAUAACUUACGGAGAAAUGGCGGAAAAAAGUGUUCGUUGUGGAAUUUGGUUAAAAAAACAUGGAUUGUGUUUUAAUGAUAUUGUUUUUAAUUGUUCACAUAAUCGAACUGAUUCUUAUAUUCCAAUUUUGGCAACAUUCUACAAUGGUGCUACAAUUGCUUUUGGAUAUAAAGGAAUUCAAUAUCAAAUGACUAAAUAUCUGUUUAGUUUGCUAAAACCAAAAUUUAUAUUUACCGAAAAUGAAGAAGAAGUGAAAUUAUUUGUUAAUAUUGCAAAUGAAGAGAAUUUAAAUGUAAAAAUAAUAACAUUUACCAAAAUAUUGGGUUAUUAUUAUCUUGAUGAUAUUCUUAAUGAAAUGAAUUCUAAUGAAGUGAUAAAAUUUACUUCUUUACCACCAUUAAAUUCAAAUGAUGAUUGCAUUUUGCCAUUAACAUCCGGUACAACUGGUGAUUCAAAAAUUCUUUCUCAUUCAUAUGAGAGUAUUAUGAAAGGUCUUUUAAUUCACAAUAGCAAUAAAGAAGAUAAAAAAAAUGACAAAAUAUCACUUGUUUAUUUUCCACUUUAUUGGCUAAUUGCCCUUAGGGUAAUGUUGGUUGAUAUUUUGAAUUUUACAACAAGAAUUAUUGUCAAUGAAACAAGUUACGAUUUACAUGAAGCAUUUCAAUUAAUUCAAAAAUACAAGGUUACAAAUGUGCGAUUUUCUCUUGGUAUGAUAUAUCGUAUAUUCAAGUGGAAUGAAAUAGAAACAUAUGAUACAUCAUCGAUAAAAACGAUAACAUUUAAUGGCGUUAAAUUGCCAUUGGAAAUUAUUAAUUUUUUAAUGAAAAUUGCAAAAAAUGGUGUUGUAGAGCAAACAUAUGGUGCAACUGAAAUGACAAUUCCCAUGUGUCGUGGAAUAAUGAAUAAAAUAAAUUUAAAUUCCUGUGGUUAUUUAUAUCCAAAUAUGUCAAUGAAAAUAAUUGAUAUUAAAUCAGGUGAAAUAUUAGGACCAAACAAAUCAGGUGAAAUUUGCUUUAAAUCCCAAUAUUUAAUGAAGGGCUAUUAUAAAAAUCCAACAGCAACUAAAAAUGCUAUUGAUUCUGAAGGAUGGUAUCAUACUGGAGAUUUGGGAUAUUUUGAAGAAUCUGGAUUGGUUUUUGUUCUUGGAAGAGUCAAAAAUAGUACAAUAUUACCAAAUGGAAAAAUUAUACCACUCUGGCAAAUUGAACGUACUUUACUUUUAAAUUCUGAAGUAAUAGACGCUGUUGUAUUAUCAUCGAAUGAAAAUUUUGAUUCAUUAAAAUUUUAUGCAUUUGUUGUACUUCUUUCUAAUUCGAAGAUUACAGAAAAAGAGCUGAGUGCAAUUGCAAAUGAUUUUACUGAUAUUGAAUUUCCAAUUAUUGUGAAAAUAAUGGACACACUACCACUAACGUCCAGUGGAAAAGUGAAAUUGAAUAAAUUAAGAAACAGGAUAGUAUAAAAAUUUAUUUAAAACAUUUUUUUUCUAUACAAAAAAAAUUGACUAUUUUUUAAUAAAUUAAAAUUCAAAA